AUGUGGCUGACAAGCGCCACCCUGGUCAGGGCUAGACAUGUGCCACAUGCAGUCGGGAAGCCGGCCCUUCAGAGGCCUGGAGGAGACCCCGUCGUCAUAAUUGGGGCUGGACUGGCCGGACUCAACGCUGCUUUGACCCUUGAGGCUGCAGGAAGAGAAUGCGUGGUCCUGGAGGCACAGGAUGGAGUGGGCGGGCGCGUGAGGACAGACAGGCACGAAGGCUUCCUGCUGGAUCGCGGCUUCCAGAUCUUCCUGACUUCCUAUCCGGAAGCUCAGAGGCUGCUGGACUACGACUCCCUUGAACUCCACCCCUUUUUCAAUGGGGCGGUCGUGAGGACGGCAGAUGGGGCGAUGCAUACCGUGGCUGAUCCUUUCAGGCAUCCGGUUCCGGGGCUCCUCUCCCUGCUCAACCCUGUGGGAUCCCCGCUGGACAAGCUGCGGGUCGGCCUCCUUCGCCUGCGGACCCAGCUGACAGGAGCCCAGAGCCUGCUGGCUACCAGUCAGGAGACCACCACCUUGGAGAGGCUGCAGGCAAGGCGCAGGACGGACAGAGGAAGCCUGAUUGCGGAGGGCUUCAGCGACGUCAUGAUCGACGCCUUCUUCCGCCCCUUCCUGGGCGGCAUCUUCUUCGAUACUGGGCUCCAGACGUCCAGCCGUCUCCUCCUCUACGUGCUGUGCAUGCUGGCAUCCGGGUCAAACUGCCUACCUGCCAGCGGCAUCGGCGCCAUCCCAGAGCAGCUGGCGGCCAGGCUGCGGGCGCCCGCCCUCCGCCUCAACACGCGUGUGCAGGGUCUGACACCUGGCUCCGGCAGCUGGGAGGUGAAGCUGGGGGGUGGGGAGACGCUGCACGCCCCCGCCGCCAUCGUGGCCACCGAGGGGCCAGCUGCGCGGCAGCUUCUGGGGGCCCGGCUGGCGCCAAAUCCCAGCGCGGAGGGUCCGGGGGUGGGCAGCAUCUGCCUCUACUUCGCCAUGGACGGCAACCCACCCAGGUCUGGCCCGUACCUCUUUCUCAACGGCGACACCCGCACCGGCCUGGUGAACAACCUGUGCUUCCCCUCGGAGGUGGUGCCAGGGUAUGCCCCCGAGGGCCAGUCCCUGGCAUCUGUGUCCGUGAUCGGAGACCACGCUGACCUGGACGACGCUGCGCUGGAGAAAAGGGUGCGCGGCCAGCUGUCCUCCUGGUUCGGAGUGCCCUUGACGGACAACGCGUGCUUCAAUAGAGUCACCACCGGGGCCGCCCUGGGCGGCGCACUGGGGGCCUCCAUCGGCUCAUUGUACGGCACCUUUGAGGCCUUUCGGUAUCGCAUCCCGGGCAUGCAGAAGAUCCGGUACAUUGGCAAGACCACCACCAGCAGUGCCGCGGUGUUUGGUCUGUUCCUGGGUGCUGGGUCUCUCCUGCACUGCGGCCGUUGA